AUGACGGUCGCCGGCCGAGUUCGUAUAGGCUGGGUUUCGGCGAAAGCAGAGCUCCUGCGGCAGAGGCCGCUUCGGUGCUUCCGCUGCUUGGAGGAAGGACAUGUGCGGGCAUCCUGCAGUCAUGAGCAGGACCGCAGCGGUCUAUGUUACCGCUGCGGAAACGAAGGCCAUAAGGCGGCGAUGUGCGCGGCCGACCCAAAGUGCGCUGUGUGUUCAGCGCAGGGCCGGCCGUCGGACCAUUGGGUGGGGUCCAAGGCCUGCACUCCUCCUAAGAAGCGUAAGAAGCAACCGGUGAAAUUGCCGAACCCAGCAGGCCGGGGCCGGGGUGACGACUGCGGGGGCAGUCCCACUCCACACCAACAUGGCCCUGGGAAGUCGCGCGCGCAUCCCCGCGCGCGUCCCCUAGACGGGGGUGGGUAUUCAACAUCUCGUACCCGCCCCAAACUGAGUCGGGGCCCGCGAGCCGGUGCGGGCCAACGCCGUUGGGGAUCCCGGUGGACUACGCAAGGGAACCCGGGUCCCCAACAUUAA